AUAAAAUAAAAUGCAAAAUGGACGACAUCUUUCUUCUUGGAUUUCUUCGUGGGAUGGAAUUUAAUGUUGAAAGUUCACUUCAAUUGCUUAGGAAUUAUUAUUCUACAAGACUAGAAUAUCCGGCGUAUUUUAAAAAUCUAUUUCCAUCAAAGUUAGAAAAAGCUUUAUCUUCAAAUUGUAUGAGAUUUUUACCUCAGCCUGAUCAAAAUGGGCGAUAUAUUUGUAUAGGACAAUUGGGACAUUGGGAUCCUUCAGAAGUACUUUUGAUAGAUGUUUACCGCCUAACGUUCCUCUUAGCAGAUUUAUUCUUUACUUUACACCAAUGUCAAGAGAACGGAAUAGUUUUAAUUUUAGACUGUAAAAAUUCCACUUUUAAGCAAUUAAUGGAAUACACACCAAGAUUUAUACACAACUUAGUAAGCUUAAUAAGUAAUGAUUCCAAUCAAGUAUUUAUCAAAGAAAUGCAUUUCGUCAAUUUGAACGUCAUUGUCAAAGGAUUAGUAAAAUUUUCUCUGUCACUUUUUCCUGCAAAACUACGAAAUAAAAUAUUUCCACAUAGUGACAUGACGUCUUUACAUGAAUUCGUUCAUCCAGAAUAUCUUCCUAUUGAAUAUGGAGGUGAAUUACCAUAUUUCGAUUCGAGUGAAUUAUUUGUAGUAGUAAGACAAAACGAAGAAUUUUAUGUAAGAAACGAAAAAUUUCUCAAGAUGUACAAUGAAACAGUUCAAUAA